AGUGUGGACAGCGGGUCGACAGGAGCUUCAAGGAUUUCAGUAUGCCAUUCCCAUGGCUUUCGAUGUCGAAAACUCCAAACUUUCAUCCACGCCGCCAAGCGUGUCCUUUGGUUGCAUGCAAAAAAUGUGCGCGUUGAGACUGUCUUCUCCAACUUUGUUGAGCUCUCCAACGCGGUGGACAAAGUCACCGAACAGGAAUAUGAGAAAGUCUAUUAUACGGCGGCCGUCGGUGGACAAACACUUAAUGGCAGCAGCGCCUUCUUGAGCAUGCCCAACUCAGCCCCUGUAUAUUCAUCACUCACAUCCGAAAAGACCAAAAUAAGCUGUGUUCGCAACAUCUGUGAAGGCCUUAGGCAAGGCCUUUCUCUGGUCUCUCGAACUCAGGCCUUGUUACACAAGGAGCUUGGAUCGCUGGUAGACCUAGAUGCCUUUAUCAGAGACCCCUUCCAACAGCAUUUUCAGUCCCUUUUGUUGGUGUCCGUCUUGAUAGCUGCCAGUCACCUGGUGAAUGCCGGUCUCUUUCUGCUAACUCAGUCUGAACUGUCCCGAUACACACACAAUGAUCUCUGGGAGAUCACGCGUGGCAUGGAGGAACUCAGCAUGCUUGACGAGAUAGUUCAGGAGGAAAUGGAUCUGCAGAGGCAACAAGAAAUCCGACAUCUUCUCCUUUGCCGUUCCAGUCUGGACGAUGCCACCCGCUGGAACAGCAGUGCCCUUUACAGCUCCCUUUCUAGGGCUGGCCUGCUGGCUGAUCCUGUUGAUAAACUACGACCGGCGUCCGUAGGUCAUAUUAUCUACCUCCUGGCUAAAUAUCGCUCCCAAGUACUGGCACACUAUCUGUCCUAUCUGAUUCUGCAGGCUCCGCUGAUUGGCAGGCGCUGUGAGGAAAGUGCCUGCUCGAUUAUAGCCCUGGAAAGUGUGCGAUGCGAAUACGAAUUCUGUUCAAACUUUCUGGAUGUCACUUCUCAGUCCACGGAACUUCUGCGAAAUCUGCGCCGGUUGCAGCGAUUGACGCCAGCUGCUGCAGCUACUGAAAAGGGUGGCGGCUCCAGUGUGCGAGGUAUUCUUGCCAAAACUCGAAAGAAAUCCACCUCAGAGCCUCUGGAGACGGUGUCUGAGGCGUCGGUCGGAAAGCCAAGCGGCGUGGCUAAUGAAGCCGUACACGCCAAACGGUGUCACUUUGAAGGGCCAUCUGCGCCUGGUUCUGCUUCCGCAGUCAGUGGAAAGUGUAUGCCCCUUUCAAAAACGGAGUCAAUGGACAACUUUAUCUCCUCGUACAUGUCACCGCCUCCACCAGGCAGUACCACUGACACUCAGAAGACUGCAAGAACACGAACGCCUCGCUCAGCCAUUCAAGCCGGCUGUCAUUUGGAAUUUGCCGACGAAUCGGUUGGAAUGACCACUGGCAAAAAAAGAUUAAUUCAGUGGAGUGACUACAGUGAAGUAUCUCUACGACAUCAGGUAGUAGGCCGCUAUCUUCAAUUAGUCUGGACGGGCACUAGCAGUCAUUUUGACGCCAACUUUCAGAUGAUCUGCCCUUCCGUGAAAUGCAAAUGGUGGACCGAAGAAAACCUACCAAACUCGACAUCUGGAAAGCCCGGUGGGAUAGCUUUGAGCGGAGUGCAGCCUUGGCCACUACUUUCAGCUCAUGGAAUUUCGCAAAUGUCCGACAACCUGAGAUAUCUCAAAGAUAUUGGUAAGUAA